AUGUCCUUUGCAACCCUCGUUUGGGACUAUUCCUCAUCUUCUUCAGCCUCUCCUCCAGUCGCUUCAGCUUCAGUUUCAGCUCCCUCUACCUCGGCGACAUCUCCUUCAACUUCACCACGCGACUCGAGCUACCAGGUACAGCCAGAGCCCAUGUCUUUAGAAGUCGUCGCAAAAUACUCUACGCCUCCAGAAACAGUUGAUCCGGCAGACAUCACGACAACUCCCGUUCAUUCACCACCCGCCAAGAAGAACAAGCAGGUAAUAUUGCCAAAGUAUCCGGUAUACAUGCGAGAAGAGGACGACUGGACGAAAGUGCAGGACCCCAAAGAGAAGAAAAAGAUACAGAAUCGCGUUGCUCAAAGAACAUACCGCCACCGUUUGAAGGCACGUCUGGGUGAGCUGCAGGCCCGUCUAGAAAGCCAGGAGCAAGACAAAGUCCAGCUGCCACUCGCCGAAAGUGGCGAUUCAUCCGCUUCUCCAAAAGUGAUUCGCGGCUUUACAGCCAUCAACCAGAUGCCCGGCAUCGAAUCUCCCCUCUCUCCUGUAUCCCAAGACAAAAUUUCUUCAAGCCAAAUGCCUUCUUCGGUGCAACCGGCCGUGUAUGAAAAGCCCGCUGCCGAUGGGACUGAGCCCAUGUUCCCGCAAAUGCCUGGCAAUGACCUGAGCAGUCCACCCCCACAAACACAGACUUCCCCAGAUGCCGUGGGGCUACUAUCUCCACCAAGCCAACCGAUAGUAGACCAAAGUUACAGAGUGCCUCAUGAGUUUAUUCUCGACUGUUUGCGUUUUCAGACUCACUUGCUGAAUCGCCUGAAUAGUCUUCAGCAGCAGCUCAACUUCGCCCCUCCAUACCCUUCUAGCAGUGGCGUGCCCUCCCAAGCCUUGGAAAGCAUCACCCAAGCUGAGCAAGUUUCCUGUGUCGAUGCCUUCUCGCCCACUCAUGCAGAGGCUAUGGAGUAUUCCUUUGAUACCAAUGCAGAAGAAUGGAAAACAGGUGCCAUAUCGAAAGUGCAGUCGCUGCCGCUACCUACACCUAGCAACAACAACAUCCAGAAUAACAACAAUCACGCAACCCCUUACUCGGCACCUACCACUCCUAGCGCAGUUCUGGACUGUCCUGUGAUUACUGGCCCCGAUUCCAGUACCAUAUCGCCGAUUCCUCAGCCAGCUGUGGAAAAUAUUUCUCUAGACGAGCGGAUGGAGGGCAUAAUGCAAAAAGUUCGAGCAGCUGGCUUUGAAAGCUUUGAUGCCCUUGUAACCGCAUAUUAUUGUGGCAAUUUUGUAGAAGCCUCUCCACUCGCCAACGAGCAGCGGUUGAGCCGUAACAGGCGUCUGCCCAAAGUCAUCGACAACGUCUUCCAAGCAACCACGCAAUGGAGCGCAUGGGAGCGCCGUGGCUUCCAAGAGGAAAUACUCAAAACUGCCGAGUCUAUGCUCAAGUCUGAGGCUGUUAACGCCCAUAGUCCUCUAAUGGCCAAGAUUACCCCUCUUCUAGACUUACACGACAUCACUAACCCAGCUUCCACUGCUGAAGCCCUUGUUGAGUUGAAGCGGUCCAUUCAAGAUGAGCUGCCCAACUCUUGGGCUCUGGGGAUGGCCCUAUCUUCUAACAGCCGUAAUCCGUGGGCGAGAGAUCGCUCGAAUACGGCACUGGCAACUACUCUUCUCAUCAACUUCUCAGGACGAAUACCCAACGACCAACUGCUACAGAUUAUCGGAGCAUGCCUCUAA